AUGCGUUCCCUUUUUCUCCUCUUCGCCUCGGCCGCGACGGCUAAGGUGAUGGAUAGUCUCACCUCUGUCCCCAAAGGCUGGGCAGAAGUUCGUCCGGCUUCUCCAAAUGACCCUGUCACCUUGCGCGUUGGUCUCAAGCAGCAGCAUGCCGCAGCGCUGGAGCAAGCCGUGAUCGAGAUUUCUACCCCGGGACAUCCCAACUACGGCAUGCACCUAUCGCGUGACGAAGUCCGGGCUUAUACGGCACCGACGAAGAGGUCUGUCUCGUCAGUUGCCGAUUGGUUAACCAAGAGCGGCGUCGAGUCCACGGUGAAUAACGACUGGAUCACUUUCAAGACGGACGUGAAAACCGCAAACGACCUUCUUGGCGCGAACUUCGCCUGGUACCAAUAUGAGAAGGGUGGCAGUCCCAAGCUGCGGACGUUGUCGUACAGCGUCCCCGACGAGCUUGCAGGAAGCAUUGAUCUCAUACAGCCGACUACUCGAUUCGGUCAGCUCGGUGCCAAGAGGUCGACUAUUUUUGAGAUGCAGCUCCUUGAGCCCGAAGAAGAGAAUGCCGUAAAGACAGACAUGGCCGUCAAUGCCGCCGACUGCAACCCCUCGCGGAUCACGCCCGCUUGUCUCAAGUCGCUGUACAAUAUCAAGUACACCGCCCCCACCGAAGGAAACUUGGUUGCAUUCAGCUCUUACUUGGAGGAAUACGCCCGGUAUUCGGAUCUGCAGUCCUUCGAGAGCCAGUAUUUGACGCAGGCCAAAGGCCAGAACUUCAGCGUUGAGCUGGUUAAUGGGGGUCUAGAUGACCAGAGCAGUAGCGAUGAUAGCGGUGAGGCAAACCUCGAUGUGCAAUACGUAUUGGCCAUUAGCAGCCCUAUCCCGAUCAAGGAAUACAGCACUGGUGGUCGUGGACCGCUUGAGCCUACGCAUGACCAGCCUGGACCCUCUUCAAACGAGCCGUACUUGGAGUUCUUGACGUACCUCCUCGAUCAAGACGAUUCUACUUUACCGCAGACCCUCUCCACCUCGUACGGAGAGGAGGAGCAGUCGGUGCCAGCGGAGUAUGCGCUCAAAGUAUGCAACCUGUUUAUGCAACUCGGCGCCCGCGGCGUGAGCGUGCUGUUUUCGUCCGGCGACUCUGGGCCAGGUGAUUCGUGCAUAAGAGAAUCAGACCAAGCGCCGUAUUUCCAGCCCUCGUUCCCCGCAGGCUGCCCGUACGUGACCUCUGUCGGCGCUACUUACAACGUCGCGCCCGAGCAGGGCGUGAGCUUUUCGAGCGGCGGUUUCAGCUCGCUUCACGCCCAACCGGCGUGGCAGGCAGACUCUGUUAAUUCGUAUCUAAAAUCGAUUGGCCAAACCUAUUCUGCGUACUUCAACUCGUCCAACAGAGGCUUCCCCGACGUUGCGGCUCAGGGAAGUCGGUUCAUCGUCAUUGACAAGGGCAGAUCUGCGCUCCUAUCUGGUACGAGUGCUUCGAGCCCCGUCUUCGCCGGCGUGGUAGCUCUCCUGAACGCCGCACGAAAGAGCCAAGGCCAGCCGCCGCUAGGCUUCCUCAACCCGUGGCUAUACAACAACAGCGCCGCCCUGAUAGAUAUAACGUCCGGGUACGGAAGCGGCUGCUCGGGCAACUCCGCCUUCAGAAACGGAGCAAGGUGGAAUGCUACUGCGGGAUGGGAUCCUGUUACGGGAUUAGGCACCCCUGACUUUGGAAAACUACUUGCUGCUGCCGCGCCAGGAGUAGAGAACGCUUAA